CUUUGAAGAUAUACAAAACAAAAUGAAGCUGGUCUCCAAUAUUGUCACGUAUUUUCGAAGACUUUUACGUUUUAUUGGUCCAGGAUUCAUGGUAGCUGUAGGCUAUUUGGAUCCUGGCAAUUGGGCUACUGAUAUGGAAGGAGGAAGUCAAUUCGGUUAUCGGCUUUUAUUCAUUAUUUUGAUAUCCAACUUUAUCGCUAUCUUUUUACAAAACUUAACUAUCCGGUUAGGUACAGUUAAUGGUUUGGAUUUGGCUGCAGCUUGUCGUCGAUAUUUACCAAAAUAUCUCAAUCUCUUCCUCUAUGUUCUUGCUGAAAUCAGUAUUAUAUCAACCGAUCUUGCUGAAGUCAUUGGAAGUGCCAUUGCUCUCAACUUAUUAUUUCCUACUCUUCCUCUUAGCGCUGGUGUGGCUAUUACAGCUUUGGAUGUCUUUAUUAUUCUUUUAUUUUACAAAGAACCUGAUUCUAUCUCUGCUUCCAAGAAUGACGACGAUAAUGGAGAUCAAGAUACAACUCGUAUGGUACGUUACUUUGAAAUGUUUGUCAUGCUUUUGGUAGCCGCUGUUGGGAUCUGCUUUAUUAUCGAAUUGGCCUAUUCUGAUAUUGUCGCUGUCGAUGUUUUGAAAGGAUAUUUACCCUCCAAGGAAAUAUUCACUGAUACUGAAUCUCUCUAUGUCUCCAUUGGUAUCAUUGGUGCUACUGUCAUGCCUCACAAUUUAUUUUUACACUCAUACAUUGUCCAAGCGCGAUGUUAUUCUUGGCGUCAUGUCCGUCCGAAACUGAUCUCUAACGACUUAUCUGAAGAUGAUCCACAACAACAUGAAGCCGAUCAUAUUGAAACAACACGUACGAUUCAAUAUUCAUCUCAAUUGCUGGAAGAUUUAGAUAUAUCUCUCUUACGCCAUUUUCUUGUCGACAAUAUGCAUAUCAAUCUUCAUUAUAGUUUUAUGGAUUUGAUGGUGGCACUUCUGUUUGCUUUUUUCGUCAACUCAGCCAUUCUCAUUGUCGCAUCUGCCAAUUUUCAUUAUGGACAUCUUCACGUUGUAUCCGAUCUAUUUGAUGCUCAUGCUCUCUUACAACAAUACCUUGGUCCUGCCGCGGCAGUUAUCUUUGCAUUGGCUUUACUUUUUGCGGGACAAUCAAGUACUUUGACAGCGACAUUGGCAGGUCAA